AGUGCAAGCGUCUGCACUACAACGGUCUCUUCUGGAGACGCUGCGGUUGGAAUCAAUAUCGUGACCGACACAAGCUGUUCGGCUGGUGGCCUUGGCUGCAUCGACAAUGUGUGCCGGUACUGCAAGACGACAGACACACCUCAGUCAUCGCACUUGAAUACUUGCCCAACCAUCAGUGCGGCCACAACCGCACCAGCUACAAUAUCCAAGCUUUGUUCGGCCACCGUAUCGGACGGCGAUGCUGCAGUUGGCAUUAGCAUCAUUACGGACGCGACUUGCGCUAGCGGAGGGCUCGGUUGUAUUGACAGCGUGUGUCGGUACUGCAAGACGAAAUCGACGGACCAGUCGGCGCACUUGGGGAGCUGCUCAGACUACUCGUCGACAUCAACCACCGCUCCCACCGUCACAACAACACCUGCAGUAACAACGUCGGCCCCUGCGACCACAUCACCUGCAGUGGCAACAUCGGCCCCUGCGACCACGACGGCGUCGGGGACGACGACUUAUUCCAUCCCAUUGGACUGCUACCAAACUGUGUCGAGCGGCGACAAAAGCGUAGGGCUGGACAUUCUCACCGAUAUCCGAUGCGGUGACGGCGGCGUGGGCUGCGUGGAUAGCGUUUGCCGCUUCUGCAAACGCUUCGAGACGGCGCAGUCGCAAUCG